GUCAUCCGGUUUCCUUCGAAAUAAACAUGGCAAACGAGAUCUAGUCUUCGCAUUCACUCUUCCUCUUCUCUUAGACAACCAAAACAAAUCCGAAUUAGAAUCGCGCUCAAAGAGAUCGCGCCCCCAUAAUUCUGCGCCCUUGUUUGUUCCUUGAGAUUAAUUUGAUAAUUUUUCACGGGGAUUUUGUUUUACUCCUCUGAUGACUUAUUUUUCCUCAUCCUAGAGAGCAAAUUUAUAUUAUUGCUUUAAAAUGUCAAAAAUUCUUCCGUCUUCGAUGAAAGAUGUGCACUAUGAUAACGCCAAAUUCCGACGUCGAUCUUGUUUUAAGAUGAUAGUGCAAGCAUUCGCCAACAGUAGUAUCAAACGUGAAUGCGUAACCUGUAGCACAGGGAGGUUUUUAAUUUUAUUGAUGAUUGGGGGUUUAGCAUUCUUAAUGCUAAUGAAUACAAAUUCCAUCGAUCAUGUGUCUGAUAGAAUAAGAAAGAGUAUUGCCGGGAGGGAAGAACAUAGGCUUCUCUUAAAUGGUGUUGGCAAGUUUGGAAAAUUUUGGAGAAAACCACCCAGGCUUCCACCACGCUUAUCUCCUGAUGAAAUACUUACUAGUAAUAGUUCAACAUUUGAUGCAGGGAAUCUAAAAGGAGAUUCAAAAUGGGUGAUCCGGCAACGUAGUGUUAAACAUGCAUUUAUCCAUGCAUGGUCAGGCUAUAAGCAGUAUGCAAUGGGUUAUGAUGAGCUUAUGCCAUUGAGCCAAAGGGGAGUUGAUGGUUUAGGAGGUCUAGGGGCCACAGUUGUGGAUGCCUUAGAUACUGCCAUGAUAAUGGGUGCUGAUGAAGUUGUUUCAGAAGCAGGAGCAUGGAUUGAAACACAUCUUUCUGAAAGAAUUGAUGGGAAAGGCCAAGUUAAUUUAUUUGAAACUACUAUCCGUGUUUUGGGUGGUCUACUCAGUGCUUAUCAUCUUAGUGGGGGAGAACAAGGGAUGGGUGAUAUGAAAGUUAAAGGUCCUAAACCACAUGUUUAUUUAGAGAUUGCUAAGAACUUGGCCGAUCGUUUGAUGUCUGCUUUUACUUCAAGCCCUACUUCUGUUCCUUAUAGUGAUGUUAUUCUUCGUGAUCGUUCAGCACAUCCAGCUCCUGAUGGAUUGAGCAGUACUUCUGAAGUCUCUACUCUUCAGCUUGAGUUUAAUUACCUCAGUGCUAUUUCAGGCGAUUUAAGGUAUGGAACUGAAGCUAUGAAGGUUUUGGAACACCUAAAGGCUCUUCCUAAGGUGGAGGGACUAGUGCCUAUCUACAUCAGCCCUCAUUCUGGCCAGUUCAGUGGGGAAAAUAUUCGACUUGGAUCUCGUGGUGACAGUUAUUAUGAGUACUUGAUUAAGGUUUGGCUUCAGCAGCGGACAAGUCAAGAUGGUGAUGUGCGCUAUUUACAUGAGAUGUAUGAAGAAGCAAUGAAAGGUGUCAGACAUCUUCUUGUCCGGAAAUCAAUCCCUAAAGGAUUGGUUUUUGUUGGGGAGCUGCCUUAUGGUCCUAAGGGUGCUUUUAGUUCGAAAAUGGAUCACCUGGUCUGUUUCCUGCCAGGGACUCUUGCUCUUGGUGCUACCAAAGGCAUUUCGAAGAAGAAGGCAAUGGAAGAGAAUUUGCUCACAUUUGAAGAUAUGGAGAAUCUGAAGCUUGCUGAAGAUCUGGCGAAGACAUGCUUCGAAAUGUAUUCAGUUACUACUACUGGGCUUGCUCCAGAAAUUGCUUACUUCAAUGUAGAUGGAUACUCUGAAGGAGGCCAUGGCGGUGGGAAUGGAAGUUCUGAAUAUGCAAAUGAUAUCAUUAUUAAGACUCUUGACCGUCACAAUCUUUUACGCCCUGAAACUGUAGAAUCAUUGUUUGUCUUAUAUCGUAUUACAGAGGACUCAAAGUAUCGUGAGUGGGGUUGGCAGAUCUUUGAAGCAUUUGAAAAACAUACUAGGGUUGAUUCUGGGGGUUAUAGUUCUCUAGAUGACGUCACAGUACUUCCCCCACGACAAAGAGACAAAAUGGAGACUUUUUUCUUAGGGGAAACGUUGAAGUAUUUAUAUCUGUUGUUUGGGGACGAAAACGUGAUUCCUUUGGAUAAGUUUGUAUUCAAUACGGAAGCUCACCCAUUCCCUAUUCAUAGCGCAGUGAAAAAGCAAUGACCUUUUACCACUGUCACAAGGAAUGGGUAACGUGAAGGUAUAAUGGGGGCAUCACUUUGUUUUGUUGUACCCAAAGUGUCCGGGCAUGUUCUGCCAUUAUAUUUGUUCAUCUAGGAUUCUGAUAAGAGGGUGGUACUGAGGAAGUCUCAAGUUUGACAUCAAGGAGGGGGUACUGUUUUCAUGGUGUCCGCAAACGAAAAGGUUACCAACAAGAUUUUCUGUUUAACAGAUGGAAAAGUUCACCAUAUUUUUCUUGUUAGCAUCAGCUAUUAAGCCUUUGUCCCAUAUCUCCUUAAAUGUUCUGGAUGGAAGGGUUGCUCGUGCUUAUCUAUCUAUACUGAUACAAAAAUUAGAUCACACUAUCACAAGAUGUAUUUUCUUAUGUAGCCUCGACUUCGUUAAUACUCAAUGUUUGCAUUUUCAUAGGUAAAACGUGAAUAUAUGCAAGCAAAUGUAACUCAGUAACUUUUUUUAAUGAUAUUGCAAAUUUGAUCGUUGCCUCA